AUGAACGCAUGGCAACGCCUGGUCUAUGAAGAGUUCAAGACCACCAUCCUCGCGAAAGGCAGUGGACUCAAGACAUUCCCUUGCGUCUAUGCGACCAUGGGCUACCGCGCCGGAGACCAUCGCUACGUCUUCCUGGAGUCAGACGAUCCAUCAGAACCAAGAAACGUACGAAUCAUUGCACCUGCCCUGAGGGCAUAUCUGCAGGUCUCAAGAUCCCUCGGACCGAAUACCAGCCUGGUCAUUAUGGGUGCACCUACCGAAGGCUCAUUGAAGACUGUCGAGCAAUACAACAACGAAUUCUUUGAUAUGCUGCGUGGAUUGAGAAUCUGGGACUCAAAACCAUGGCCGAAGGAUAUUCCCCAAGAGACGAUGAACGAGAAGUGGACAUUCUGUUUCGAUGGCAUUCCUCUUUUCCCUGUCGCGUUGACACCCGCACAUCAACGAAGAUGGUCCAGACAUGCUCCUGUACCUUUGGUCGCUUUGCAGCCGAAGUGGGUCCUCGACAACCUCAUGAGCACACCGGAAAAGCGCAAGUCGGCCACAGGCAAGGUCCGAAAGUUGUUGGCAGAGUACGACCAGAUCGAUAUCAGUCCCGACUUGACACAGUAUGGUGAGGAAGGAACCUCCGAGAUCCAUCAGUUGUGUUUGAAAGAUGAGAAUGAGACGAUGGACUGUCCGUUUGACGAUUUCGACAAAGGAGGAGGCAGGUCCUCAUCUUCCUCGUCACGUCGUUCAUCCAUGGAAGAGACAGCAACAUAA